AGUAGUAGUAGUAGUAGUAGUAGUAGUAGUAGUAGUAGUAGUAGUAGUAGUAGUAGUAGUAGUAGUAGUAGUAGUAGUAGUAGUAGUAGUAGUAGUAGUAGUAGUAGUAGUAGUAGUAGUAGUAGUAGUAGUAGUAGUAGUAGUAGUAGUAGUAGUAGUAGUAGUAGUAGUAGUAGUAGUAGUAGUAGUAGUAGUAGUAGUAGUAGUAGUAGUAGUAGUAGUAGUAGUAGUAGUAGUAGUAGUAGUAGUAGUAGUAGUAGUAGUAGUAGUAGUAGUAGUAGUAGUAGUAGUAGUAGUAGUAGUAGUAGUAGUAGUAGUAGUAGUAGUAGUAGUAGUAGUAGUAGUAGUAGUAGUAGUAGUAGUAGUAGUAGUAGUAGUAGUAGUAGUAGUAGUAGUAGUAGUAGUAGUAGUAGUAGUAGUAGUAGUAGUAGUAGUAGUAGUAGUAGUAGUAGUAGUAGUAGUAGUAGUAGUAGUAGUAGUAGUAGUAGUAGUAGUAGUAGUAGUAGUAGUAGUAGUAGUAGUAGUAGUAGUAGUAGUAGUAGUAGUAGUAGUAGUAGUAGUAGUAGUAGUAGUAGUAGUAGUAGUAGUAGUAGUAGUAGUAGUAGUAGUAGUAGUAGU